UUUGACACCACUUACAUCCUGUUUUGUUUUGCAGAAGGACCUUUCCACGAUCUUAGAAUAGAAUCUGAGUCAGUUUCAUGCUUUUUGCUUAUCUCACUUCCCAGCCUAUAUUCCACAUAACCGCUACAAUGGUUUUAAUUCGAAAUGCUGCCCUCUGGUGCCAUUUGAGGGCAGACGUUACGAAGGCCACGCCUUGCAUGGGCACUCCACACUCUUCAUGAACUGCUGGCCUGCAUAGAUAUAGUAGAUAGAAUGGUCUUCUUCACCAUUUCAGUUUUCUUCACCAUUUCAUUAAAGCCCACUAUUUCACUUGAACGGCCCAUUAAAUUUUCAGAAAUCCCACAGACCUUGAUACCUCGGGUCACAGAGGUCUUCUUUGUGGAAAGUAAAAUCCCUACCAUCCCAAAAGGAGCAUUUGUGGCCAAUCCUCAGCUUGAAAAGGUGGAGUUCUUAUCCACGCCCACAGUGUCCGUGGAGGCCGGGGCCUUUGAGGGUUUGGACAGCCUCAAGGACCUUGAAAUUUUCGGCACUCUGCUCACGUCCAUCCCAGUGGGAGUCUUCGCCGAACUCCCACACUUGGAGUCGUUGGUGCUGAAGUCCAACAAGCUUGGUGGUCUUCAGAGAGGUCUGUUUGACGGCCUGAUAAAACUGACCCAGCUCCAGCUCCAUAUGAAUAGCAUCCAAUCCAUAGAGGACGGCACCUUCGAUGAGCUCAAGAGCCUAAAGAUCCUGCAUUUAGCCAAAAACAACCUGACGUCUAUUUCCCCCAGCCUCUUCUCACAACUCGACGCACUGCAGACAUUACGGCUCUACGAAAACCAACUCACCUCUGUCCCGGAAGAGGUCUUCCUUCCUUUGCCCAAUCUGGUGGAAAUUGGAUUACAGGGAAAUCAAAUAACUCAACUAGCACCAAGACUUUUUCCACAUAAAGACAAAUUAAGGAAACUAUCCUUGGACAACAAUCUUCUCACUGAUUUACCACCAGAGUAUUUCACUGGCUUCAGUCUGCUCAAAACACUGACACUGCAUGCAAAUCAACUGACUGGUCUGCCAGCGCUUUUGUUCGGAGGCACGCCAAAAUUAACCGAGUUGAGGCUCCAUCAAAACAACCUAAGCAGUCUUCCUAGUGGAGUAUUCAGCCCCCUGACUAACUUAAGGGAAUUAGAUCUAUCCAAAAACCAUUUUGAAACUUUAUCUUCAGAAUAUUUUGACGGCAUUGCAAAGCUUAAAAAGCUAUAUUUAUCAAACAACAAACUCAGAACAUUGAAUCCAAACAUAUUUGAAAAGGUAACAUCGGUAACGAUCCUUAAGCUAUCAGGCAAUAUGCUGGAGAACCUUCCGGAAGAUAUUUUUGAACCUUUGAAAGCCCUGAUAAGAGUGGACCUCAAUGAUAAUCCCUGGCGUUGUGAUUGCAAUUUCAUUGAUUUAUACCAAUGGAUGAAAGACAACUCUAAAGUGCUAACUCACACUCCUCCUGUGGUGUGUAAGUUUCCAAAUGAUUUAAGUGGAAGGGAGGUGAUUUCACUAACAGAGGAUCAACUUGUGUGCCCCACCCUUGCUCCAACCACCACUCCUUUACAUACCACUACCAUGCCAACCACCGCCCCAUCUACCACUACCAUGCCAACCACCGCCCCAUCUACCACUACCAUGCCAACCACCGCCCCAUCUACCACUACCAUGCCAACCACCGCCCCAUCCACCACUACCAUGCCAACCACCGCCCCAUCUACCACUACCAUGCCAACCACCGCCCCAUCUACCACUACCAUGCCAACCACCGUCCCCACUACAACCACCAUGUCACCUUUGAGGGCAGACGUUACGAAGACCACGCCUUGCAUGGGCACUCCACACUCUUCAUGA